AUGUGGGCGCAUCAUGCAUUUGGCUACUUUUCUGGUGCACAGUGGCGCAGUAUAAGACCUGAUCCUGAAGGCCACGCUUCGAUUAUCGAUUAUCGAAGCUCUCAUUUAUUGGCCCCUUCCAGACGGAUGCGACACUGGAUUAGAACAUAUUUCAUUAUCCCAGCGGCGUUCGGAACUCACCACCAACGACUACUUUACUGGUGCGCCAUUCCCACACGUGCCGCAGCAAUUGUGGUAGUCUUAUUUUACGUUCUCAGUCUCAUUUUUACCUGUGUUGGGCAUGACGUUUUCAGAGGAAAUCUAUUAACUGGCGUAAUGGCAUAUGCCAACUUGUCUCUUCUUUGGCUCUUCGGCUCCCGCAACAAUCCAUUUCUAUGGGCGACGGGAUGGAGCUUCGCGACGUUCAAUAUUUUCCACCGGGCAAUUGCCAGGGUGGCUACAAUCCAGAUGGAUCAUAUUCCUUAUAUUGGCCCUCACCAUGGUGGUAUAUGGGUGUCAUUGCACACAAGCAUCUUCAAGGGCAAGUUCAAUCUGUAUGACCGGUACCUGUGGCCUGUCCUCGUUAUAUGGGCCUUGGAGAGAUUUGCCCGUCUCGCGAGAUUAACAUCUUGCAAUCUUCAUCUGCGCCUCCACAAGAAAUCCAUUACAUAUACGAAGAGCGCGGUAUCAUACAGUGAAGCAUCGGACAUCAUCAAGCUGGAAAUUACGCCCGGAUCCUGCAACUUGCAUCCCAAACCAGGACACCAUUAUUACAUCUACCAACCAGUGCGAUUGCAAGGAUAUGAAAGUCACCCUCUCACGGCUGGCAGUUGGAAAGUUCUGGGUAAUUAUGUCGAACAUUACCCCUCCGCCGAGAGCAGCGUUUUAUCUUCCGCGAGCACUUCGGUACCAUCCGGAACUGGCACCCCAAUAGCGUUCAAGAAGAACAUCACGGGAGAACUCACUGACGUGCAAUACAAACUUGUGUUCUGGAUACGGCCUUUUAAUGGCUGGACUAAACGUCUCCGAUCUGAGUGCCUCAAAUCGCCAAAACAGUCAUUAUCGACGAGUUUCCUGAUAGAAGGACCAUAUUACUGUGCAAUCGAACUCCAUACCUUCGAAAACGUCAUCCUCAUCGCUGGAGGCACUGGUAUUGCAGCUGCCCUUCCACAUAUCGAGGAGCAUUUGCGGCGCACAGGAUCAAUGCCCUCUCAUGAUACUAUACUCAUUGCACAGUCAUCGGUAUCCUCCCGCCUCCCCUCCCCGCCCUCCUCCUCUUCAAUGAGUCUUCUGGAUCCACAUCUCCCCAUAGAUCUUCCACGUACCAGAACAAGUAAUAUCACAUUUGUGUGGACCACACGACAAGCCGCAUUUAUCCAUGAGGUAGCAACCCGCGAACUUGGCCCAGCACUCAGGAGAGCAGAUAUAACCACUCAAUUCUACUGCACCGCCUCAUCACAAUCGCAAACAUAUCCAAAAUACGACGGACGAGGGCACGGCUCUCCUGCCGUCGUUUGA